AUGGCCACAGAAGAAGAUGGAUCACUACGGCAGCUUAAGAAGACCGUUUUGAGCGGGUGGCCAGAUACAAAACGAGAAACACCAGUCAAAAUUAAUGAGUAUUGGCAUUGUAGAGAGGAAAUCUCAGAGAUUGAUGGAAUUCUUUUGAAGAAUGAAAAGAUCAUCAUCCCAAGUUCCUUUCGACCAGAAAUGUUGGAAAAGAUUCAUGCUGGACACAUGGGAACCGAAAAAUGCAAGAAACGUGCACAGGAUGUUCUGUAUUGGCCAGGGAUGAAUUCACAGAUAGAAGAAAUGGUCUUGAAAUGUCCUACCGGUCUAGAAUAUCGACCAUCAAACCAGAAAGAGCCCAUGAUAGUUCAACCAACUCCCACGAUUCCAUGGGAUACUGUCGCCACUGAUUUGUUCUACUGGAACAAUUCAAACUAUCUAUUAGUUGGACUAUUUUUCACGUUAUUUUGA